GCUGUGGCUGCUUAUUUACGUGCACUAAAUCUGGCCUCAAACCACGCAGUUGUUCAUGGAAAUCUUGCGUGCGUAUACUAUGAGCAAGGCCUGAUAGAUUUGGCAAUCGACACAUAUCGACGAGCAAUAGAAUUGCAGCCAAAUUUCCCAGACGCAUAUUGCAAUUUAGCAAAUGCUUUGAAAGAAAAGGGACUUGUACAAGAAGCGGAGAAUGCGUAUAUGACAGCGUUAGGGCUUUGCCCUACACAUGCUGACUCACAGAAUAACUUGGCAAAUAUCAAGAGAGAACAAGGGAAAAUUGAAGAAGCUACGAGAUUAUACUUGAAAGCGUUAGAGAUCUAUCCUGAAUUUGCUGCUGCUCAUAGUAACUUGGCAUCGAUUCUUCAACAACAAGGAAAACUUCAAGAGGCGAUUCUACAUUAUAAGGAAGCAAUCCGUAUUGCGCCAACGUUUGCUGAUGCUUAUUCAAAUAUGGGCAAUACUUUGAAGGAGAUGGGUGAUGCUGCAAAUGCAAUGCAAUGCUAUACUCGAGCUAUCCAAAUCAACCCUGCAUUUGCUGAUGCUCACUCGAAUUUAGCCAGUAUUCACAAGGACUCUGGAAAUAUUCCUGAUGCGAUACAAAGUUACUCUACCGCCUUGAAAUUAAAACCUGAUUUUCCUGACGCUUUCUGCAAUCUUGCUCAUUGCUUGCAAAUCAUAUGUGACUGGACGGACUAUGAUAAUCGGUAA